UUUAAGCCCCCAUAGUUUAAGGGCACAGACCUACCCAAAUUUUAAACCUGGAGUUUUAGAAUGGUAAACCUGAAUCUCCGGGUAGAAAUGCAGAAACUGGGACCAAGGCAAGGGCAGUCCCUUCCUCUAGGCCACACUGGUUAAAUGGGCCCGGAGCCCGUAUCUAGAUUCUGUCCCUGUUCUGCCCUCAAGUCCUCAGAGGACGACAGAAGUCAUGACUUGACCACCUACUAAGUGCAAGACUGUGCUGCAAGUUGGAGAGGCAGACAAGUACCCUCUGGAGCUUCUGGUGCCACAGGUUGUACACUGCAGGAGCACAUGCAGGUGCUGGGAGCCGGUGGAUUUGCCUCUGGACUCUGCAACACUUUGUAAACUGCAUCCCUGUGUUGGGGGGUUGGGGAGGGGGCUGCCUGCAGCAGCUCCCCAAGGCCCAGCAGUGGAUCUGUGGUGAAGAGAUGGAAGAUAGGAGGGCCAGGGAAGGGAGGGAACUGGGGCUGCCAGUGGGCACACCCCCAACACCCCUCCCAGAAAGUUUCAAAGGCCCAGCCCAGAAAUUGGGCCUCUGCUGCCCUCUAAUGGAGGAAGGGCAGCCUCGGGAGCCCCCUGCUGGCACCCCACCAGCCUGGCUGCCCUAAGGAAUAGGGGAAGUGAAGAUCCUGCCCGCCCAGACUUUUUAUUCCCGUAGAGUCUUGAGCUUCAUUUCCCGCAGCCUCUAAGCUAAACCUUCUCUUCUUCCAAGCUGCUCUGGCUUCCCUGCUUCCCGAGCACCCUCCAUCCCACCAUUUCUUCCGUUUCCUUUGUUGCCUGGGUUGCGAUUCUUGCACCCUGGUUCCUGGCUCUGCCAGGGUUCUGGUUCCGGAAGGCCCUUACCAGGUGCCUCCGGCCUAGCUCCCACCUGGGCCCAAGGCGGCGCGGAGGACAUGGGCAAGAACCUCUCCCCACUGGGGCAACUGAACAUCCGCAAGAGCGUCCUGGGCUUGACCAUAGGCGCUGGGGCCGUCUACCUGCUCUACAAGGCCAUCAAGACUGGCAUGAAAUGCCAACAGCCCCUCUCUACCUCCUCGCCCACCUGCAUCGCCCGCCUGGCCAUCGAGCGAGAGCGGCACGGGGGGGACUCAGGUGAGCUCCGGAGGCUUCUCAACUCUUUGGAGAACAGACACGACGAGUACACCAAGGGCAUGAUCCUGCACAACAUCACACGCUGUGUGUACUUGCUGGAGGCUGAGGCCUCCGCCUGCACUCCUGAUGACAUCAUGCUCGUGGGCUCCAUGCUGGAUGACAAGGACAACAGUGUCAAAAUCCAAGCUCUGAACACGCUGAAGGCUUUCUCUGGCAUCAGAAAAUUCAGGCUCAAAAUUCAGGAACACUUCAUCAAGGUCCUGGAGCUGAUAGCCACCAUCUGGGACUCAGAGCUGCACAUCGCUGGCCUCAGGCUCCUCAACAACCUUCCACUGCCUGACUUCGUGCACCCACAGCUGCGACGGGUGAUGCCGGCCUUGAUGGAGAUUCUUCAGUCAGACUAUCACCUGGCACAGGUGCAAGCCAUCCGACUGCUGAGCCGCCUGGCACAGAAGAAUGACCUUCUCUAUGAUAUUCUCAACUGCCAGGUGCACACCAACUUUCUGAACCUGUUCCAGGUCAAACAACCAGGGAGCCUGCUGUUCGAGGUCCUGGUGUUUGCCGAGCGGCUGAGUGAGGGCCGGAACACGCCACACUACCGUGCCGUGAAAUGGCAUUACAACGAGCAGUCUCUGCAUGAAGCUCUCUUUGGGGAAAAGUCACGCCUGGCAGACCGGCUGCUGGCCCUGGUCAUCCACCCGGAGGAGGAGGUUCAGAUCCAGGCCUGCAAGGUCAUAGUCAGCCUGCAGUGCCCCCAGGACGUAAGAGGGCGGUCCUCUUCCUGCAUUACUGGUCAUCCCUGUUUUAAUAGUGGGGAAUAAAAGUAAGGAGAGCCAAUAAAUGAGUUUGGGAGAGACGCUUGAGGAGCAGUGUCUGUUCAGGGCCUCCAGGGCUGGUGGAGAUUUCAUCCAGCUUAGCCAUUGCCCCAGAGCAUGACAAAGGCUGGGCCCACCUCCCCGCACACAUCCCCACUUCCCUGUUUGGGGGACAGACUCCCUUUCCUCUUGCUGCUUUUCAAGUUGCAGUGUGGAGCCAAUGCUUCCAGGGAGCUUCCGGGAGAAGGCAGGCUUGGGGACUGAGGCCAAAGAUAAUCAACAACAGAUAGUAUAACAUUGGAUUACUCAGGAUGGGCGAGGUUUUGCUGCAGUAACAAACGACCUCCAAAUUUUAGCAGCUUAAAAAGGAUCAAGGUUAUUUCUUAUUCACACUCUGUGUCCAUGGGUUGUGGGUAGGGGGUGAGUGGAAGGGCAGGCGAAUGUUUUAAACCAUCUUCUCUUAGGGGCAGGCUGAGGGAGGCUCUUCAUUGUGUUUCUGCAACUCCUAC